CAGCGAAGAUUUAUCUAUUAUAUUCUCAAUGAUAGGAAUAUUAUCAGUCGAUCUGUGUUUUCCGUUUUGCUCAAAAGGUUGGACGAAAAUUAUACAAUUGCUUACAGAUUUCAGCGAAUUCGGAAAACCUCCUAAGAUCGACGAAUUAACUGUAUUGGGUAAUAAGCGUGCCAUUGGAAUCAUCAUAUUUUAUUUUAUGUGCGCAGUUUUCUACGAACUUGUCAGUAUCCUGCAAGCUCCAGGUUGUUACAAGGACGCUGAAAAAAAAGGUUUAGAGGUGAAUUGCCUCACAAUGUUUCCUCUGUGGCUACCUUUUGACAUUAGCAAAAUGACCCAAUUAAUAAUCUCUCUUAUUCAAUAUGUAUUAUUGGCAAUUACUACUAUGCCUGCUGGACUUGGCAUUCACUUGCCUUGGGAAGUUUCUGAACAUACAUAUUUAUAUAUUCAGCAUUUAAACACUUUGUUUCACUAUACUUUCGAGACAGAUGAUAAGGUAGAGCAACGAAGAAGACUAAAUAAAUGGAUUAAAUAUCACCAUAAAGUCGUCUCACUAGUUACUGAAUUAAAUACACUUACAAAAGGAUCUAUUGGUGUAUUGUCUUUAGUAUGUAGCCUGGUUGUAGCCGUAACCGUAAAUCAGGUAUUGAAAGGGGAAAAAACGUUUGCAGCAAUAGUGGUUGGGGUUGGAUGGUUUUAUUCUCUUACUAUAAAUUGCAUUACUGGCCAAGCAAUAAUCAAUCAGACAGCGAGCAUAACUACAAAUAUACAGAGCUCAAAAUGGUACAAGGGCGAUAUCCCUGUUAAAAAAGAUAUUCUCUUCGCAAUAAUGUGUUCUCAAAGACCUUUUACGCUUAAUGCAUUACCACUUGGAACUUUAAACUUGGAACUAUUGUUAAUGGUUGUGCAAACAUCGUAUUCAUAUGUAACACUAUUGGCGAACACAACCUAGAACUGCAAGAUGUUACGGGCUAUUUUAGAGAUAAUUAAAUAUUUAGCAGAAUAAUGCACAGAAAUUAGCGUUGAUUUAAAUAAAUACACCAAAUAAUUAGUAGCUGUUAAUUAGUCAGUAUUUAUUUAACACUCCAUCGGACAGGCUAAGUCCUAAGCCUAUCAGUGCAUAAGGUUUUGAAAAUUGGCAAUAACAUUAACUUUUAAUAUAAAGUACCUACUAGUCAAAAGCCGGUCCCCCCUUCGUAUCUUUUAAACGGUUAUAAUAUGUAUGUACUUAUAAUAGUGAAAUUUGGAGGGAGAAAAUAAACGGGCGUAGGCUUCUCAACUAGUCACAACAGGUGUAGUGACAGAUGACGUCGUUACAGCGCCACUGUGACAGUUAAUUUUAAAAAUAGGAUCUUAUGGCAGGUGAUACCUCGUUUGAAAGGUAUUGAAAAUACCUAUUCGGUCAUAUAAUUUUGUUUGAGUUUAAGCUCAUUUUUAUGAAUAAAUUAAAUAAAUAUCAUAUUUUAGUUUCGCAUUUAAUUUAUAAAAAUUCAAACGUCCGCCUUUGGUUACUUGUCA